AUGGCCAAGGAGCACGUGGAAAGGGAUUACGCUGUUGUAGGCAGUUGGGAGGACACGAAUGUAACCCUAACCGUCCUUGAGAAUUACAUCCCACGAUUCUUUCGCGGUGCCAAGCUUAUGUAUGAAAUGCAUAAUAACAAGAUCACCAAUCGGAACAAGAACAAACGCAAGCCGUUCAUAGAGCCAGAAGUCAAGGAGAUGAUACGCAAGAACUUUACUAACGAGUACGAGUUUUAUUACUUCUGCAAGCAGCGUUUGUAUAAACAGUAUUUGGCCCUCAAUCUGAAGGAGUUGGAGAAGCAUGGUCUUUUAAACUAGUUGGGUUAGAGUCCGACAUUUAGAUUGUAGUAGGUGAUAUAUAUGCGAACAAAUCUUCACAUUUUAAUAAAAAUUAGUCAGUAAAACCGUAGACUAGAGCCACACUUUUCUUACACGUUGUCAUUUCUGUGUCUUAUCGUUUGUUGUGUGGCAUCAAGCCUUCCAAUGAAGCUUCUAAAACCCUUAUCCCAUACCAUAUCCC